CUUUUCUAUUUUAAUAGCUUUAUUGAGGUAUAAAUGAUAUACAACGAACUGCUCAUAUUUAAAAUAUAAUUUGGUAAGUUUUACCAUAGCAUACCCCCAUUAAGCUAUCACCACAAUCAAAAUAAGGAAUAUAAAUAAGGAAUAUGUCUAUCACUUCCAAAAAUUUCCUCCAGCCCCUUUUUAAUCUCUGCCCUUUACCUACUCCAUCCCACAGCCACCACUGAUCUGAUUUCUUUCACUAUCAGUUUGUCAAACAUUAGUUUGUAUAUCCUAGAGUUUUACAUACGUGGAAUUAUAGUGUCCAUUUUUGUUCUGGAUUCUUUUACUCAGCAUAUUGAGACUCACCCAUGUUAAAGUAUGCGUCAAUUGUUCUUUCCUUUUAAUUGCUGAAUAGUAUUCCAUUGUGUAUCACUUACUUUUAGGCCUAUCAUCUUUGUUUCCUUUUCAACUCCUUCUUUCCUUCUUUUUUCUUAUUAUUGACAUGCUUAUUAUAGAAAUCUUCAUAAUGGUACAAAUGGGUAACGAAGCAGGAAAAAUCAAUUAUAGAAAGCUUUGGCAUUAGAAUUAAAAACCAACCAACAAAACUAAACUAAACUGAAAACUAAAGAGUCUUUAUUAUUGUCAAAGUAGUAAAUCUUUCUUAGAGUUAUUUGAGAUGCUUUGACAGACACAGAGGGGCUACUAUUUCAGUCUGGGUGGCCUUGCCUAGAGCCCUCUAAACUGCACAAUUUAGUGGCGCCUAUUCAGUCUUACAAAGACUGUCAUGUAACAUGUUUUGCUUAUACAAAUGAUCUCAAUGAGGGGAGAUUAUGAAAUGAGGUAAAAUGUUAAAUCUAGAAAGGUAAGAGGAAUACAUUAAAAGUAAGGUCCUGGAAAGCCACAGGCUAAUAGCUACCAAUAAUAUUUUAGAAAUGGUAUUACCCCAAAGUGAAUGUCAUGAGAACUGAGGGAGAAUGCAAUUUUGAUCACAUGUGUUAUCAGGAGUAUUUCACUGUUGAAACACAAAUUAUUAUUUUUUAACAGUAAAAAAUCCUUAGGUGUUCUCCAUCUGCCGUGGCAAACACUUAGCAGCUGCUGCUUUUAGCCUAGCAAAGAUCAACCUGACCUUGGCCAACCAGCUUGUACUUUGAAGAGUGUAUUUUGUGAAACCUGUGAGUAGAGAAGGAUUCAUGCUUGGUAGAAUUUGUUGUCUCUUUUGCUCAGUAUCUUACCAUGAUUAAUCCCCAAUCCAUCUUUCUCUGCUGCUGCUGUUGCUGCUGUCAGACUCAUAUUUCUUUUCCAUAACAGACGCUGUUCAAACGUUGCUGGAUUCUGGCUGGGUGUGACCUUUUAUGGGGCACUGCUGCCUCCUAUCAGGCUUUUAUGGGCAUGUUGGUUUAUGCACAUGUGCAUUCUGACCUUGUGACCUCCAGAAUAGAUUCUAAGAGAACAACUGUAUCUGAUUUUUCUGACAUUUCGGGCACCCAAACUCUUCCCAAGUGCAUAGGUGCAAUGAAUACUCCCUUGUGGUUUGGGUUUACAUUCUUCUCACAUCAGAAGAACUCAUCUAGGAGAAUGUGAAGCCAGGUCAGAACUGCUAACAUAACAACAGUGUUGCUGGCAGCCAUUCAAGUUGUUUUGCAUAAAUUUGAGCAUGAGGCAGUGUUUUCACAACAUCUUUCCCUUUUUAUUGUGGUUUAAGUAAGCAGUGCAAAUAUUUGAAUUACAUUUUCUGAUAUAACCAAGUCUGCAGAAAGGACAAUGGCUAACAAAACUCUGGAAAACUUUGAAACCAUUUUUUAAAAUUCCUUCUCAGACCUGGUCUUUUUUCCUUUCUGAAUCCUAUAUCUUAUUGUUAGAUAAACCUAGUUAUAUUAAAAAGAGAAAUCCGUAUUAUGAUAUUUCUAGUACUUUUAGUUUGUAUUUUCUGUACUGACAGUAUACCGAUAGUGAGUUUACAAAGGUGAACAGUCUAGUAUGACUAAAGAUGCGACAAAAGUUUUUCAAAUUAUUGCCAAAUACGCUGCUUUUCUACCAUUAAAAAAAAAAACCCUCAACUCAGAUUUUAAAGUUUUAAAUGCCAAGUUAAAAUAAUUAUGAAUCUACUGUUCCUUAGUUCCAUCCACUACCUGUUUUGGAUCUGGGUUUUGCCCUUAAAUACCUAUUCUAUCAGAAUGAACUGGGUCACCAUGCCCCAUCUCUUUAUGUUCCUCUUGACAUUUACUCCAUGUUUUCUUUUUCUAAAUAAGCUUUUCCUUUCUGUUUUCAAAAUUGAAUACUUUUCUCAUCCUAGCCAAGCACCUAUUUUCACUCUUUCUUCUGAUGGUUGAUAAAGUCACCCACACUCAAUUCUUUCUCCAAUACUAUAUUCAAAAGUGUAAUUGUUUCCAUCCACUUACAUUUUCCUCUGCUUUGAGAGCUCUACUAAUGUUUCUUCCUCACUGAUGGCCUAACCCAAAAGAAAAUGCUUGCCCUCACAUGGCAUAUCCAAAGUUACAUCAGAUCUGCUAUGGUUCAGGUAUAGGACAACAAAGAGACAUAUCACAUGACAUUAGGGACAACUACACUAACACUUCAGAAUUGGAAGAAACACAUCGUCAAGACCUAAAAAUAUGACUUAUACUUUUUCAUACAUUACAUGACAAUCCAAAGUCAGUGAAACUACACAGAGUGGUUCUCACUGUCACCAAUAGUUUGUGCAGCUUAUAACAUGGAGAGUAUAGAGUAAAUCCAAAGACUGGGCCAAGAAGAUAAAAAUAGCACAUUGUACUACGUUCUGAAGUGAGACAUAAAAUAAUUUAGGUCCUGAUAUUUAAGUGAAAGUCAGAAGGAUUCUAUUUAUGGGUAACGACAUAGUUUCUGAUUUAGCAUUACUGUUCAAGAUGCAUGGAUCUUCCUGGGCUAGUACAUGUAUCUGGUAAGAGGAGGGAGAUUCUUAAAAUAAAGCAUAGCAUCAAUUUAGCAACAUUCAAGUGAUAGCACACAUCAUAUGAUAGUUCAAUGUGUUUAUAACUAGAGUUCAGUCAUUUUAGAGUCAGAGUUCAGUCACUCUCCAUUAAUAGAGUGAUAGCUACAUAUCUGUUACACAUAUAUGAAUCCUAUUAUUACUAUAUUUUGGUAAUAGGUCCUUAAAUAGACAUUACAGAAAGUAAAGAAAUUUGUUAUACUUGCUUUUACAUUUUUUAUAAAUUAGAAGGUGAUGAAAUUAUCUACUCAUAUUAAUUUCAAUAUAUUAAUAUUUGCAUUUAAAGAUCAGCACAACAUUGUUAAGCUACAAAAGUUAAAUCGUAGUUAUUCGUUACACAUUGCCUAGGACUUAUUCAGGUUUUAUUUCCUGCUGAAAUUGUGUGACUCAAGAUUUCAGAAAAAUAAGUGGUAAAACACACACUGAAAUGCACAACUUUAAAAUGUGCAUUUUGUUCACACAGAGUUACAAAAACAAGAGUAUUUUAUGUUAUCAUUAACUCAAAGCAACCUAAUUAUGGACCACGUUGCUUGAUAGGAUUUUAGUUCAUGAAGCUUCAGAUUUUGUUCUCUUGAUAAAAGCACCCUUGAAUAUCAUUUUUAAGCCUGACAAUUAUUUUCCUGUAAAGAAGAUGUUAUAUAUAUCAAAAAUAGAACUUCAAGUUUUCUAUAGAAUUACCUUGUAACGUUAAACGAUGGUAUCAUUAGCAUAUAAUUAUAACAUAUAUAAUUGUACAUAAAUGAUAUGUUAUAUAGUUUCGACAUCUCCCCUGUAUAUGAGUGUCAGGUAUAGACUAUUAACAAAGCCAGGUAAAAUUAAAGUAGACCUAUUAUCAUUAUUACCUUUUAAACUUACGAUUUUUCAUUUUUGGAUCGAAUUUUGUACAAUGGAAGCAUACCAGAAAUAAGUCAACAAUAGAUGGUUAAGAAGAGGCAAAAAGAUAAUUGUUCCAUCUUGCCUGGUGAACUCUUAAAUCAACAAAGGAGGCCGCCCCUCUGGCUAAUCACCCAGUGUGGGUUCUGCGCCUGACAGGAAAGCACAGAAGUGCAUCUCUGUGGCGGGGAGAUUUCUCUUGUUUCCUAAUUCAAACAUUUGCAACACAAAGUGAAUACACCUGAAAAAUGCCAACUAAGAAGUUGGGUAUCUGUAUUUUGGAGUGAUAUUUAGAAUUAAGUUAGUCAUGAAAAUAUUCUGUACCAAUAACUGUGUAGUUAUCGUUUCCGUACGCUGCCAACAAGGCAGACAGUUGCAGAGGAAACGUCCUUACAAUUUUCUGGAAUGUAGACACGAAGCGCAAAUUGAACCUCUGGCAGAUGGCAGAAAAGGUGACUUGACAAUGAGUUUGAAACAAUUAAAGUGAUAUUCUCAUGCAUUCAUUUCCACAAUUUUAUUCAUUUCGAGGAAAGCCCAGAUGAUUGGAACAUGGACAUAAAGGAGGACAACCUAAGACUGCGAGUUUCAUCUUCCGAAAGGUUGCAUUUAUAAGCAGGCUGCCGGAGGCUGCGCGUUCUUUCUCAUUCUUUGCAUCCAGGAGGCUGGAGGGUCUUGCAGUCUACCCCAGCUCCCCCACACUCCAACCCCAUAAGAAAGGGACACCGCCGCCCCUUGUUUAGUAAUCCUUGGGUUUUCUGAUCACUAUCCUCUAGGCCAGCGAUCGGAUUCACCUCUUCUUUCGCGUCCCUACGGGCAACCAAGGCCAUCAGGGGCCCUGGUCCCGAACGUGAGUAGCGAGAUAUUCACAAUAAGGAACUAAGUGUGGACUCUCAGGGGUUGCGCUCGCCAUCCAGGGACUGAAAGAGACCUGCGGGAUGAUUUUCUCCUUUCCUCUUGUCAGGACAAGGGGCGUGGAUUCGGUUCAAUUUUUCUGCUUCGGUCAAUGGGAAGAUGAAAUAGAAAAAUUCCCUUUCACUCGCAACACUGACUUAGGGGGCUAUCUAGCUAGAAGGCUGGCAAAUUGCAAAACGGCGGGGGCCAAAGGGACGAUUGGGGUCUCUGUUUACUGCUUCUCUCAUCCCUGGACUCAGGUUAGGUUAAAUUUCCAGCGACGUGUGUGCUUGAAAGCAGACAGGUGGGGUUCUUGGAAACAACAAAUAGCAGUUUCUGAGCCCCAGAAGGACCUUAAGACAGGAGUUCCUGAGCCCUGAAUAAGAGGCUACCUCGGGUAAAGCGAUUGAUCUCUGUGCGGUGAGGCUGGGAAGGGAAGGCAUUGUUAACCUUUUGGGGAGCAAGUGAAUAACUCAGUCGAGUUGAUGAACUGACGUUCUUUCUGAAAGGGGUCGUCUCCUGGGCCCCUUUUCUUUUCUCAGUCGGCCUUUAGCAGGUAGGGAGGCAGGGCAAAUUCUUCUCUCAAUGUGAAGUCACAAAGAAGUGAUGAAUUUUAACAGCAUGGAUCUUAAGUCGUAGAUAAUUUUAAACACACCCGCGCCAGAGUUCACACCCUUGUUCCUCUCCACGGAGUCGGAGCAGACAGCGACCUUCAAAAUUGUCCCUAAAAUCUCUCUCGAACUGACUGGGCACUUACUGGGAUUUGAGGGGUUUUUCUUCAGCUUCCAAACUACCAUUACGCGCAGAAUAUACUGGUAGUUGCCAGCAAUGAUUGCCCCCCACCUCUUUUUAAAAGUAGCCCCCGUCCAUGCACCAUUCAGCUUACACUAAACUGUCCUGACAUGCCUUAGCCGUCAGUUUAAUUCACAAAGUAGCUGUAACUCUUGACAUCACCUCCGCAGCCCACCCGAGGACUCCUUUCCAGGACACCUUAUGAGGCUGUUUUUCGAGCGCUGAAUUCUGCGACUUAAAGGAAGGUUACUUGAGGCAUCCUGGUAGAUUUCCGGGCUUCCAACUCCCUCCCCUGCUUGGCUGGUAAUUUUCUGCUGCUCCACCUCCUCCCCCACUUGACCUCCUCCAAGGUACCUUCGCCUCCCCUCCCCCGCUCGUUCCCAGUAAAUCUCCAGCGGGUGGGGGAAAUCAACCCUUUGGCGCUAAACUCAGAGCUGCCCGUUGGACACGAUUGCAGUGGGGGAAAUGGUGUCCGUCCUUUCAGAAAGAAUGAUCAACUAGAUGGAGGUAACUUGCUCCACAUUUCCUGAGAUCUCAGGCGGACCUAUGAGUGUUUUGCUAGAUUCAGUGCAAAUGUAGAUUUCAGCUGAACCGCUCAGGACUUGAGAGAUAACUAUUUCACUCUCCGGACUGCAACCACUUCCGCGAGAAUCUGAUACAUUUAAUGAAGGCUUUGCCAGAUGUACGGGUCAGCGCGUCCUUGGCCCCGCACAACUUAGGUCAGCACACUGCACUCACUAGCACCAACCUGGGCUCCACGCAGCAGAACUCGGUUAAAAAUUGUCUUUCGUGGUCACUUAGGAGUUCUAGGGGGCAGGGGGAAACAAGAAAAAGGUUUCACUUGACACUGCCGGCCCCUUUUGAUAAGUCAUAGCAAAUACUUUCAGAAGCACAAUUUUAAAGGGAGAAUCCAAAUUUCCGUCCUCGCUCGGCCGAACUCCCUGCAAUCAGCUGCAGACCAUCGCAGGCUCAGGACUGAACUGAGGUUUGUGGCUUCGCAGCUGCCCCGAUGCGAUGCCGGGAGCAUGAAAUUCUAUCUCGGCUGAGAACCGAGCAACAGACCGCACAACAACAGUGCCUUCUGGCCUGUCAUCUGCCAAGAAAUACCAGGAACGCUAGUGUCAGAAACAACUACCUGAACCCAGAAAGUAAGGCUAGGAAGCUCUGUGUGCAAAGAAAAUUCUUGCUAAUUCACCCAGACUGUUUUAACUGGUUAAUAAAGCAACUGACACUCAACAAAACCACAAUCGCAGCAGGAGUCCUAGGCAUCAAAAUAAGAAUCACAACUAAAGGUUUGUUGUUGUUGUUAACAACUGCCUUUAUUUUCAUUGCUUAGUAUUUUUUUAAGUAAAAGGAAAGAAAAAGAGAUAAUCAUUUCAUACCCAGUGGUAUCUCUUCCUUUUCUCCAAAAUUAGAGCACAGAUUCUCUUGAUUUUUCCUCAAUAAGCCACCACCACCAACGGGAAGAGAGGCAAAUUGGUUCUCAACACCCACACCCCGUUCCCGGUGGAAUAUAGUUAAUCCUAACUCCAUUAAAACGCACAUAAUUUUAUCUGACCCUUGGACAUGAUUAAAGAUACUGAGGGCUUAUAUAGCCUUAUUCUACAUGACUAAAGACUACACUUAAAAGAUAAAAACGGGAAAAGGGAUACAUAUGCAUCUACUCAAUAUCCAUUUUUAGAGGUAAAUAAAAUGUUCCUGUUUCACUUUGGCCCCCAAACUAUAUACGAUUGUGGACAUCAGAAAAUAUAAACCCUUCAGGUAUAUAUAUAUUUUCAUCUGAAUACCUUACUCAGUGAAACUAGCAGUGUAACUGUUAUUCUACUCUUUCAAACCUGAUUCUGAUGUGAGCUAAACAUAUAGCAUCAUCUCCCUGGGAACAAAUUCCCAAAUUUACACCUUCAUUGGAAAGCUGAUCAAAGCCCCUCUUCCCUUCCCAAUCUUGGUUAAAUGAGAAGGAAUAAGCUGUCUGUUUGUGACUUCGCAAAGAACCAACUUAAAAUUCAUUUGUAUCUGCCAGAGGUUAUUGGGAGAUCAAUAAAUGCUAAACGUGUAAUUUUACCUUUCAAUUGGAAUUAAAACCUAUUCAGAUUUUUGAAGGUAGCUUGGGAGCAUGAUGUUUGUUCAGGAAUCUGUAUCUGACAUUAACUUUGAUGUGGAAUGUUUAAAUUGUAAUUAAAGCAGAGAAAGCAACAGUAUACAAAAACACAGGUCUAAGAGCCCACCAGGAGGUUGAGUGUUAACAGCCACAUUUUGGAAGUUGUAUACGAGUGCACAUGGGCAGAUGCCACAGACGCCAGAGGAACUUACGUUUCAGUAUCCCUUUUAUAUUGAAAGACACUGUCGGAUAUAUUGAGGCAGCCUGGAGGUGAUGGGGACUAUACUUAAUAACUACUCAUACUCCUCUUUUUCUCAGUAAAGGAACUCAAACCAGAGAUUCACACUAUUGCCGUUUUCAAGGAUAUAUUUUCGACCUAACAAUAUACAAAGGUCAAAACGAGUCCAUUUUUGAGAGGACAGGGUCUAAUCCUCCCUUUGAACACAAGAGGUCGCUCCUGUAAUCAAGUAUUAAGGAAAAAUUGCUAAUCAGUUUUAUGUAUUCUCUAGAAAACAAAAUUUUACAGAUAUAUUUGAUGUACUAAAUCCACAUACAGCAAUCAGCUGAGGAAAUGAGAAUAGUCCAUGAUCAAUUUAGAACUUCAAGGUGAGGUAAAACUACAAAGCCUGCUAUUCUAACUUGGAUUUUAAUGUAAAAUGUAUCAUGAUACAUGCACUGAACUUCAGAGCAUGUCCAUCAUGGUGGGGGUCCCUCAAACGUCUCCUUUUAAUGCGGGUAUCUUCACCAUGCGUCUUGCUUCUAUCAGUUUAGGAACUUACUAAGAAAAUACUUGUUUACAACAAUGGUGCAGAAUGAAAAGAGGAAAAUGUUGUCUUCACCAUUAAGGUGAAAUUGCCUGUUACUAAAGGUUUCCCCCAAGCCACAUGCCAGUUUUUCUACUUGGAAUUGCUAUCAUCUGCAAUAAUUCUUUGUAAUGCAAUAGCUUAUUGGUUUAGGGAGUUAAAAAUACCACACUACGUGUGGGAGGUGGGGGCUGGUUUGAAGGAAGAUGGAUAGUGAGGGUGCUUUGUGGAUCUCAAAUGUAAGUCAUCAGGCUUCUGGUAGCUUCUGGUGUUUAAUUCCAACUUAUAAACGUGGCAUGAUAGAAUAUGACUGGGUAAAACUCUCCAUUUUCUGGCAUUGUGGUGGUUAUCUUUUUUUACUAGGGUCAACAUGUUUAUCUAUAUGGGAAACACGCCCGAAUACUGGGAAGAUUUGCUUCGUGUUGAGAUGAUCAGCAUCAGCUUUGCAAAAACAGCUUGACAAAAGGCUCCAUACAUUUAAUACCAGAGACUAGAAACAGACACACACACACACACACACACACAAAACUGGUAAACUUAUCAGGUCUAUUCAACUUUCACUUUCAUACACGCGCUACAAAAUAACCUAUAAUAAAAAUGGAAGGGAAGAGAGAUCCAAUUUGAAAUCCUCCUUGAGAAAAAGCAAAACAAAUCAAAACGAGUUCCUGGGGAAGCAAGCCUCAGUUAGGUCAAGAGGAAACUUUUGCAUCUUAAAUUCCCUUUCUGCUUUGGAGAGGCAUUACCCGUUCAAGCUCAGCCAAUGCGACCGGCCAGGACUUACAGCUCUUAUCAAGGGUUAGAUUUUGCGAAAGAUACAAAGAAAGGAGUUUCCUAACACACCGGGUCUUCUCACGGCAACAAGACACCGAAAUUAAGCCUACUAUGGUUUGUGUCUGUAGGCCUUUUUAGAUAAAACUGGCAGUCCCAUUAGAUAAGAAACGGCUUUUUAGAAGCUUUGGGGGAAGCGCGGGGGUUCUUCGUGGCCUUCCUGUGACUUUGUCUUUGGCAGACUGUAAGAGAUGAUGGGAACACGUAAGAAUGAUUGAAAAAGGUUACCGGCGAGUUGCACCCAACAACCUUCUCUCUCCAAGUAGUUUCCUGAGAGAAAAUUAUUAUAUAUCAAUGCCUAGGGACGUGAAAUAGAUCUUCCACUGUUCUGUAAUAAAUCCCUCCCUACUCGCGCCCUUAUACUAAUGCAUUGUUUAAAAAUCUCCAGUCAUGGAGACUUGUCCUUAUAAUUAUCAAAACACCACAGCUAGCUGCACAAGUUUGCUUAAAAACAAAGGGCAGGAGACCAACAGAGAGAGGAAUUGGACAGUAUAUAAAAACCUUACAAACUUUAGACUACUGAAAGAUCAUUUCGCUCUUUGGCUUAGGGUUAGUGAACUUCCAAUUCUAGAGUUUAAACUGAAAAGCAGACCUCGCGGGUCUGAAAGACAAAAAGUCCGCGGAGUCAACUUCAUUUUACCCGUGCGUUCCAACCUGAUUGUCCGCAACAGCAAGAAGCGCUUUUCCUCCCACCCCACGUUUUUAGAUAUCUGAGGUCGGGGAAGACGGAGUUACGGUGUAGCAGUCACGAAACAGUUCCUCUGGGUUUAAUCAUCCUAUCUCCAAUUCUUCUUCCCCUAGCGCGCCGAGCGCAGCCAGUUCUGGAGGGAACUCCCCCUCCCGAGCAGCCAAGGCGGCCUAGGCCCCGGGGAUGUGCGCCACGGCGUGGGACCAAACCAAGAUAAGCGCCCUGCUCCAAGUUCCCCCCGUUUCCUAGAGCCCGGGAGGGACCUCGUCAACAGGUAGACCUACCCACCAGCCACUCGCCACGAGCGGCAGAAAGUGAGCCCCGCGCGCAACGCUGCCAUUCGGACUGCGGGGACCCCAGGAGCGGAGGGCGGAGGAGUAGCGCGACAGGAGGCGAGGGCGCAGACGGCACGGCCGGGAAGGAACGCGGGAGGGGGCAGAAGGAAGAGGAGGUGAAGGAGAGGGAGGCCAGAGCCAGAACAGCCCGGCAGCCCGAGCAUCGGGGGAGAACGGGCUGAGCCCGGAGCAAGUUGCCUCGGGAGCCCUAAUCCUCUCCCGCGAGCUCGCCGAGCGGUCAGUGGCGCACAGCGGCUGCGAGACUGAAAUAUGAUAAUCAGAACAGCUGCGCCGCGCGCCCUGCAGCCAAUGGGCGCGGCGCUCGCCUGACGUCCCCGCGCGCUGCGUCAGACCAAUGGCGAUGGAGCUGAGUUGGAGCAGAGAAGUUUGAGUAAGAGAUAAGGAAGAGAGGUGCCCGAGCCGCGCCGAGUCCGCAGCCGCCGCAGCGCCUCCGCUCCACCAACUCCGCCGGCUUAAAUUGGACUCCCAGAUCCGCGAGGGCGCUGCGCAGCCGAGCAGCGGCUCUUUCAGCUUUGGCAACCCCAGGGGCCACUAUUUCCCACUUAGCCACAGCUCCAGCAUCCUCUCUGUGGGCUGUUCACCAACUGUACAACCACCAUUUCACUGUGGACAUUACUCCCUCUUACAGAUAUGGGAGACAUGGGAGAUCCACCAAAAAAAAAACGUCUGAUUUCCCUAUGUGUUGGUUGCGGCAAUCAGAUUCACGAUCAGUAUAUUCUGAGGGUUUCUCCGGAUUUGGAAUGGCAUGCGGCAUGUUUGAAAUGUGCGGAGUGUAAUCAGUAUUUGGACGAGAGCUGUACAUGCUUUGUUAGGGAUGGGAAAACCUACUGUAAAAGAGAUUAUAUCAGGUUGUACGGGAUCAAAUGCGCCAAGUGCAGCAUCGGCUUCAGCAAGAACGACUUCGUGAUGCGUGCCCGCUCCAAGGUGUAUCACAUCGAGUGUUUCCGCUGUGUGGCCUGCAGCCGCCAGCUCAUCCCUGGGGACGAAUUUGCGCUUCGGGAGGACGGUCUCUUCUGCCGAGCAGACCACGAUGUGGUGGAGAGAGCCAGUCUGGGCGCUGGCGACCCGCUUAGUCCCCUGCAUCCAGCGCGGCCACUGCAAAUGGCAGCGGAGCCCAUCUCCGCCAGGCAGCCGGCCUUGCGGCCCCAUGUCCACAAGCAGCCGGAGAAGACCACCCGCGUGCGGACUGUGCUGAACGAGAAGCAGCUGCACACCUUGCGGACCUGCUAUGCGGCAAACCCGCGGCCAGAUGCGCUCAUGAAGGAGCAACUGGUAGAGAUGACGGGCCUCAGUCCCCGUGUGAUCCGGGUCUGGUUUCAAAACAAGCGGUGCAAGGACAAGAAGCGAAGCAUCAUGAUGAAGCAACUCCAGCAGCAGCAGCCCAAUGACAAAACUAAUAUCCAGGGGAUGACAGGAACUCCCAUGGUGGCUGCCAGUCCAGAGAGACACGACGGUGGCUUACAGGCUAACCCAGUGGAGGUACAAAGUUACCAGCCACCUUGGAAAGUACUGAGCGACUUCGCCUUGCAGAGUGACAUAGAUCAGCCUGCUUUUCAGCAACUGGUCAAUUUUUCAGAAGGAGGACCGGGCUCCAAUUCCACUGGCAGUGAAGUAGCAUCAAUGUCCUCUCAACUUCCAGAUACACCUAACAGCAUGGUAGCCAGUCCUAUUGAGGCAUGAGGAACAUUCAUUCUGUAUUUUUUUUCCCUGUUGGAGAAAGUGGGAAAUUAUAAUGUUGAACUCUGAAAUGAAAGUAUUUAACAACCCAGUCAAUGAAAACUGAAUCAAGAAAUGAAUGCUCCAUGAAAUGCACGAAGUCUGUUUUAAUGACAAGGUGAUAUGGUAGCAACACUGUGAAGACAAUCAUGGGAUUUUACUAGAAUUGAACAACAAACAAAAUGCAAAACCCAGUAUAUGCUAUUCAAUGAUCUUAGAAGUACUGAGAAAAAUAAAAAGACGUUUUUAAAACGUAAAGGAUUUAUAUUCAAGGAUCUCAAAAAAAGCAUUUUCAUUUCACUGCACAUCUAGAGAAAAACAAAAAUAGAAAAUUUUCUAGUCCAUCCUAAUCUGAAUGGUGCUGUCAUUGCCUUGCCAAACAGGAGCUCCAGCAAAAGCGCAGGAAGAGAGACUGGCCUCCUUGGCUGAAAGAGUCCUUUCAGAAAGGUGGAGCUGCAUUGGUCUGCGAUGUUUUAAGUUGACUUUAACAAGGGGUUAGUUGAAAUCCUGGGUCUCUUGGCCUAUCCUGUAGCUGGUUUAUUUUUUACUUUGCCCCCUCCCCCCUUUUUUUGAGAUCCAUCCUUUAUCAAGAAGUCUGAAGCGACUUUAAAGGUUUUUGAAUUCAGAUUUAAAAACCAACUUAUAAAGCAUUGCAACAAGGUUACCUCUAUUUUGCCACAAGCGUCUCGGGAUUGUGUUUGACUUGUGUCUGUCUAAGAACUUUUCCCCCAAAGAUGUGUAUAGUUAUUGGUUUAAACGACUGUUUUUUCUCUCUAUGGAAAUAAAAAGGAAAAAAAGGAAAAUUUUUUUGUUUGCUCUUGCAUUGCAAAAAUUAUAAAGUAAUUUAUUAUUUAUUGUCUGAAGACUUGCCACUUUUCAUGUCAUUUGACAUUUUUUGUUUGCUGACGUUAAAAAAAAAGAUAAAGGUUGUAUGGUGGUCUUUGAAUUAUAUGUCUAAUUCUGUGUGUUUUGUCUUUUUCUUAAAUAUUAUGUGAAAUCAAAGCGCCAUAUGUAGAAUUAUAUCUUCAGGACUAUUUCACUAAUAAACAUUUGGCAUAGAUAAAUAAAUAAA